ACCAAAAAGUGUGAACACAGAAACCAAAGGUAUGGACACAAAUUAGAGCAAAGGGAGGAGAUAGUGGUGGCGGCUCCCCUAAGCUUUAUAAACGGAGCGUUUUCUUUGACACCGAUUAGUUGGUUGCCUCUCUACCUCUCUCUCUCUCUCUCUCUCAACCUCUCUCUCUCAACGUCUCUCUCAAGUCAGUCUGAUCCAUCCAAACCCAAAACCCUAAUUACUGUCUGAGUCCCAUCGAUUCAGCAGAUUGAAGAAACCCUAGUCAAAUGGAUGGAGAAGAAAGAAGAUUGGGAUUCAAGAGAAAAAACCCAUACCGGGAUUCUGGGUUUCAGAACAGGGAUUCUGGGUUUCAGAACAGAAAUCAUCAUCAAGCUUUUGAUAGACACAUGCUUCCUGAAGGUUGGGUUGGUUGCCCUGCAUAUGGUGGAGAGAUAAGUUGUAUAAUUCCAUCAAAAGCACCUCUUGGUGAGUCUUUCAAUGACCAUAUUGCUGGUGCUACGUACACUCCAAAGCAAGUCAUUCAUCAGCAAAGACUGCUAGGAAGAGAACUCGGUUUAGUGAUUGAUUUAACGAACACUACUCGUUACUAUCCCCUUUCGGAUUGGACAAAAGAAGGCAUUCGGCAUGUUAAGAUACAAUGCAGAGGAAGGGAUUCGGUUCCUGAUAAUGCAGCUGUAGAUAAAUUUCUCUAUGAGGUAUCACAAUUUUUCUCCCGUAGAACAGACCCAAUGAGGUAUAUACUUGUCCACUGUACACAUGGGCAUAACCGCACAGGCUUCAUGAUUGUUCAUUUUCUUGUACGCAACGAAUCAAUUUCAGUUACCGAGGCAAUAAAUAUAUUUGCCAGGGCACGUCCUCCAGGGAUAUACAAACAGGAUUAUAUUGAUGAACUUUACAAGUUUUAUCAAGAAAGAAAGCCGGAAUCAGUUGUUUGCCCUCAAACUCCAGAGUGGAAGAGAGUUUCCGAUCUGGAUGACACAGCUGAAGCUGUGAUGUAUCAGGAAAAUGCCAAUCAUGCGAGAAAUGAAGCAAUGACGAUUGAUGAUGUUUUGGGUGAGCGAAUACCUUUUAACCAGCAAAAAUCAAUGCGAGAAGCCGUUUAUGAUGCACUUAAUAUGGAUAGAAGGGGUAAAGGGAAUUUACAAUUUCCUGGGUCCCAUCCUGUUUCGCUCAACAGGGACAACCAACAACUGUUGCGGCAGCGCUAUUACUAUGCCACAUGGAAAGCUGAUGGAACACGUUAUAUGAUGCUAAUUACAUGGGAUGGCUGUUACUUGAUUGAUAGGAAAUUUUUUUUCCGACGGGUCCAGAUGCGGUUCCCUUGCAAAUUCUCAAAUAAGGUUAUGCCUGAGAAGACUCACAACUUCACAUUACUUGAUGGAGAGAUGAUAAUUGACACUGACCCAAAUACUCAAAAGCAAGACCGAAGAUACCUCAUUUAUGACGUCAUUGCAAUCAACCAAGUCUCUCUCGUAGAGCUGCCAUUCCAUGAACGAUGGAAGAUGCUUGAGAAAGAAGUGAUCGAGCCUCGAAAUAUGGAACGGGAUACUCUUUCCAGGAGUGUGGAGCCUUACUACAGAUAUGACUUGGAACUGUUCAGUGUACGGAGGAAGGGUUUUUGGUUACUAUCUACGGUCAACAAGCUUUUGAGGAAAUUCAUUCCUGGACUUUCACAUGCCUCAGAUGGUCUGAUAUUCCAGGGCUGGGACGAUCCAUAUGUUCCCCGCACGCAUGAAGGUCUUUUGAAGUGGAAGUUUCCUGAAAUGAAUUCAGUUGAUUUUCUCUUUGAGUUAGGAGUCGAUGGCCGUGAGCUACUUUUUCUCAACGAGCGCGGAAAGAAGAAGCUUAUGGGAGGCUAUAGGGUUGUUUUUAAAGAUGAAUUGGAUCCUGCUUUUUGUUCGGGGAAGAUUAUAGAGUGCGCGUGGGAUGCCGGUGGAAAUGCGUGGGUGUGUAUGCGGACUAGGCCGGACAAAUCAACCCCAAAUGAGUUCAAUACCUAUAAGAAGGUAAUGCGAAGCAUAAACGAUAAUAUUACGGAGGAAGUGUUGUUAGAGAAGAUUGAGGAGAUUGUCCGGCUACCCAUGUACGCCGACCGAAUACAGAACGAUAUUAGGGCCCACGAGCACACAUCUUCUUCCCGGCGCCGGUGAUUUGGGGCGCCCAAAUAAACAUACCACCAAUUAAAGGUCACAAGAAAGGGGACAGCAAAUUCAGUCCAACCAACUGAUUGUGGUUUAUGUUUUUGUCAUCAUAGCACAUUAUCAAAUUUGUAAUCCAUAGUGUACAAUGUACAUUAGCAAUGUGUUUAAUCAAUCCAUUUAUUCAUUUAUUCGUUUUUAA